CCUCUCGGACCGUCAGUCAUUGGGAGUGCGAAUCUUCAGCUGGUCUGAAGGAAGUUCGAAAGGAACGAAAGGGGAUAGUUUAAGUUGGGGUAUCACUCGGAUGACGCGUGUGCCAUGUGCGGAUACUAACUGUUUGGACUGAUUGUUUUGAUUGUGAUAAAAAGUGGAUAAAGUGUAACCAAAAUGAACCGAAAUUUUUUCAUUUACUGGACGUUUGUUUUGUGCCUGGUAGUCGAAGGAUACGCGGUGAACUACACGUGUACGGCCAAUCCCGACGGGUUCUGCAUCUUCCAGGGAGUUCGGAUUACGAGUGUUGAGGAAGCUAAUGAUGUGGACUUGCGGGCUCUCAGCUAUGACCUGACGAGGAUUAAGUUCCGCGAGUCGGAGAUGUUUGUGUUGCCCAGCAGGAUAUACUCGACCUUUCCGCAGAUGUUGGAGUUGCGCGUCUGGUGGCAGUCUUUGCACAGUAUUCACAUACCAUCGAAUCUGCUGCAUCUGGAUGCCGAACGAAAUCGGAUUAACACUAUCAGCUAUGACACCAGUACGGUGCCGAUGCUGAAGAAACUCGAACUGGGUCACAACAGGCUCAAAUCCAUCGAGAACAUAUCUUACUUUGAAAAUCUGGAAUUUUUGGACCUCUCUCACAACGAUAUACGAUCCAUAGAUUUGGUUCUGUUUCAACGGUUGAAACACCUUCGUGUGCUUGAUUUGGCGGCCAACAACAUGGCCAUUGUGAAAAACUCUAUGGAGCACAAACUGGAAUCACUAGCAGUAUUACACCUAAACGAUAACCGGCUGUCCUACCUAGAUAUCAACGUACUUCGACAGUUCCCAAACUUGGAAAAACUUGACCUGUUCAACAAUCAGCUUAUGUACAUGGAGUUUGAAAACAUGCGCUCGAUGUUUCCAAAGCUUUCAAUUGCAAACAUCUACGGCAACGACUGGAACUGUGAAAACCUCGCUGAAAUGAUUAUUUACUUCAAGAAGAUCAACAUCCUGGAGUACAAACUGUACAGCGUGCUCAAGUGCAGGGAACGCGCCGUUGACGGAAUUUGUUGUUCGGAGGGAAAGGCACUAACGAUCCUGAAGAAAUCCAACCAGUACUUCUCUAACUAUGUGAAUGAGCUAAAUCUACACAGUCAGCACAUAAUGCAAGAGAUGAAGCAGUCCAAGCAAGAAAUUCGCAAACUGAUCGAACACGAGAACAUGACCCAGGCAUCACUGAAAGCAUUCAGCGACGACAUGAGCGCAAUUCGAAACCGAAUCGAAAGUAUCGCAGCUAUAACCGAUGGUAAUAACGGUAGCAGCACCGCUAUUCCUCGACAGACCAAAAAACAUGAAAAGGUUGACAAGCUGGUACAGGAGAUCCUUAAGAUUAAACAAGAUCAUCAAAGUCUUGCUCGUGAAAACCAGGUGUUUAAGCAGCAGAUCGAGGGCUACGAAGAGAUGAAAUCCAUCAUUCAGGAGCUGAAACAGGAGAACAACAAUCUACGGACCAAACUGGCCAAACUGCUCGACGAUUUUCACGAGAUUAAGAGCGUCAAAAGUGUGCCGACGGCGUGACUAAUGGAGCACCGUCUUCACGGCGAUUGGGACACUUUCUUGUAGCAUCGGCAGAAAAAGAAACGGCAGCGG